GCUGCUGUAGAUAUUGUAAGAUGAACACAUUGCUGAGGCAAAUUUGGUGAAAUAAGUUAAAACUACAUACUGUCUAGUGCUGUUGGAGCUGGAGAAUUUACAAUGCCUCGAUACGCGCAACUGGUGAUGGGUCCUGCCGGAAGUGGAAAGAGCACUUACUGUGCCACAAUGUUAGAGCACUGUCAGGCCCUCAAUCGAUCUGUACAGGUGGUGAAUCUGGAUCCAGCUGCAGAGCAUUUUAACUAUCCUGUCAUGGCAGAUAUUCGAGAAUUGAUCCAGGUAGAUGAUGUUAUGGAGGAUGACUCUCUGAGAUUCGGCCCCAACGGAGGUCUGAUCUUCUGUAUGGAGUACUUCGCUAACAACUUUGACUGGCUGGAGGAGAGUCUUGGUCAUGUGGAGGACGACUACAUACUGUUUGAUUGCCCUGGUCAGAUCGAGCUGUACACGCAUCUGCCUGUAAUGAAGCAGCUCGUGGAGCAGUUGCAGCAGUGGGAGUUUCGUGUGUGUGGAGUCUUCCUGGUUGACUCACAGUUCAUGGUCGAGACUUUCAAGUUUAUCUCUGGAGUUAUGGCUGCUUUGAGUGCUAUGGUGACACUAGAAACCUCACAAGUCAACAUAAUGACCAAAAUGGAUCUACUCAGUCCAAAGGCUAAGAAGGAAAUGGAGAAGUAUCUGGACCCAGACAUGUACUCCAUGAUGGAGGACAACUCUGUAGCUUUGAGAAGCAAGAAAUUCAGGAAAUUAACCAAGGCAAUAUGUGGUUUGAUUGAUGAUUACAGUAUGGUUCGUUUCGUGCCUUUUGACCGCACGGAUGAGGAGGGCAUCAGCAUCGUCCUGCAGCACAUUGAUUUCUCCAUACAGUAUGGUGAAGACCUGGAGUUUAAAGAGCCCAGGGAAAUUGAUGGGGAACCCAGUAACACCAAUGUUGAUGAGUUCUUUCAAGACAGAGAUGAUUCUUGAGCGAGAGGAGAGAUCAUACUUCAAAGACAGAUAGUUUUCCACUAAAUAAGAGUUACAUUUAUUUAAACUAUAUUUUGUGUCGCUUUCAUAAUAUCAUUAGUUGAAGGAUGCAACCAUAACCUGUGCUAUGCCUCAGUCUUUGCAGAGUUUUAUAAAAUGUAAUUUAUUUUUUAGAAGUGUGUAUUUAUUUUUGCAGUAAAAACAUGGAAAUGGAAAA